UUACACAUUGUAAGUUGUGCUUUUCACUGCAUUGUUUGGUCGACAAUAGCUACAAGAUUAUGGAUUACCGAGCACUGCUGUUAUUCUGUGUGGCUGUUCUGCUCGCCCUGGUGGUCACAGAAGGGCGCAGCAAGAAAGUGGUGAUCCAUGUUCCGUACAAGGUGAAGAAAAUAAAACAUACUCACAUGGUGUAUAAGACUGUGCACCACCAUCACAUUGAUCAUGCCCCGAUGGAGGAGCACGAACACUUCCAUCACAUGCACAUUCACGACGAGGCACCGUCAGCACAGCACAGCCAGCCAGUCCCGGGAAUAGGCAUCCCGGAGUUCCUCCCCGACGUGCCGGAGUUGCCCCUGGACGUGCCAAACGUGCCACCAGACAUGCCGCUGCCCAUACCCAUCCCCAACCGCCACAUCAUCCCGCUUUUUAGAAGGAAAAUAGAAUAAUGGUGAUCAAGACGACAAACAAAAUCUGGGAUACGUAAAAGCCAUAUGUAGUAGGUAUUAAUUUAUUAUCAAAUUAAGUUUUAAUGCUGAGUACGCGUACUCGUGAAGCGAUACACUUCAUAAUAUUUCUUUCAUUAAUAAAUUAUUCUUAUACAAAUAUGAGGUCGGAA